GCCCGCUCUGACCUGCUCAGCUGGCCUCCGGCCGCCCACUCCCGGCCGCGACGUUGUAUUUCAGACCAGUGUGUCGACUCAGCUUUAUCAUCCAACCCUUCGAAGUUAAGUAUCUCAUCGGGCAUGUUUUGUUCAUUCGUUUUUCCGCCCACCUGUAAUGCGGAUCUGGGUGUUGUGGCCUGCAGUCCGGGCGCCAUCUAAACUCUGGCUUCUGCCGUAGAUUCCUCUGCACCUCUGGGGCCUAUUUACCGUACAUUCUAUGAUAGCGUUGGCCGGGGCCGUCGAUUUUACUUCUCUACAUGCUUCACGGUUAAUUGCGCACUUAGGCAGGCACGUCUUUUCUCACUGUGUAAGAUGCUUUUUAUCUUCUCUGACAUCCUUUGUUAGCGUGCUCUAUUAUUUCAGUGACAUUUUACAUUCAUUAAAUAUGCAUUUACUUGCGCACUUACGGUGGUUUCGGCUUUACACCUGAGGUUGCUCUGGCCCAUGGAUGUAUUAGGCCUGCCGAGGCUCUACUCAGCCGAGGACAAGACUAACCCAAAUGCAGCAGCCGAGGAUAAGACUAACCCGGACGCAGCAGCCGAGGACAAGACUAACCCGGACGCAGCAGCCGAGGACAAGACUAACCCGGACGCAGCAGCCGAGGACAAGACUAACCCGGACACAGCAGCCGAGGAUAAGAACGGGCAACCCGGACGCAGCAGCCAAGGUUCAAGUCGCCAUGCCCGACAUUAAGCGCAGUCAAACCCGGUCGCAGCAACCGAGGUUCAAGUCGCACGGCAACUUCAAGGGUAGCCAAACCCGGACGCAGCAGCCGAGGCUUUAAGUUGCCAUGCCGACAUCCAGGGUAGCCUAACCCGGUCGCAGCGGCCGAGGCUUAAGUCGCCAUGCCGACAUCCAGGGUAGCCUAACCCGGUCGCAGCGGCCGAGGUUUAAGUCGCCAUGCCGACAUCCAGAGUAGCCUAACCCGGACGCAGCAGCCAAGGUUUAAAUCGCAAAACGCCUCCAUGUAAUCAUCGUCAUCUGCAUCCUCCCUAUCUUUGUCUUCACUUGCCUCGUUCUGUCUUACUUAUGCUUUUAAUAUCAUCAUCAUCAUCAUCAUCAUCAUCGUCGUCGUCGUCGUCAAUAUUCAUUUCCUGUCGUAUCCUUUUCCUGGUCUGCUACUCUUGAUGGCCUCACUUGCGAGCCAAUCACUGCACAACUUCCCUGUUUUAAACCUGUCUCUCUUUCUGCUGCUCAGUUGUCAUUUCAGGAUACGAGCACCACCCUCCUCCUCCCCUGCUCCUCCGGUCUUCGCCCCUCACGGUUCCUGGGUCCUCUCCCGGCUGCCUUUGGCAUUGGUCUUCAGGCUCCUCACGCCACCAUCAGUGUCUAGACUCCAUCGGGGGGGGUUCAUAC